AUGCCUUACUACAACGGCCCGAUUAUGAGACGAAGCGGAGAUGAGUUUGUGCAUGCAGAAGACUCGAGGAGAAUGGAAAGGAAUCUCCUUUUCCCUGCCGGCCGUGGAGAAACCCGGGGAAGUUUAUAUUCCUCCGCUUUCCCGUAUGAUCUCUUCUUAAGUCUUUCUUUUAUUGACUUUUACUGUGUGCCUAUCAUUGCUCUGAUUGUUAGCAUUCCAGCAGCAGCAGCAUCAUCAUCAUCAUCAUCAUUGUUGUCCUUGACAGCGUUUCCGUCGGACGCAAUACACUUGAACCCUGUGCUCGUUCAUCUCUACCUGCAGCUCUUAAAUCUCUCUCUGCGGCCGAUCGAUAUUUUCCAAAAGCAGAACGCUCAGGCUUUCCUUCAAAUCUCUCAUACUUCAAAAGUCAAUUGCAAGCCUGUGUCGUACCUGGAAGCCGCCAUGCUGCUCAAACACUUGCGCAUUGCCUUGUUCAUUUCUUCCGCUCUUGCAUCAGCACCUUAUCCCCUGUCGAAUGACACCACCAGUGUUGGUCCCACGGGCACUGGGCCCUCCACUGGUGCGGUAUCCUUUCCAUUUCCAACAGGCGGGGCACCGGGAGGUCCUGGGUUUCCCGGUUUCCCUAGUGGCCCCAGUGGCCCUGGUGGUCCUGGUGAGCCCAGCUUUCCAGAAGGACCCGGAUUCCCUGAAGGACCAGGCUUUCCCGGAGGAGAAUUUGGUGAGCACGGUGGACACGGGGAACCAGGAAGUCCAGAAGGUCCCGGCUUCCCGGGCUUUCCGGGCUUUCCCGGGGGCCCUGAGGGGCCUGAUGGACCAGAUGGACCUGGGCUCCCCGGUGGAUUUGGCGAGGCUGGCGGCUUUAAGGGACCGCCGGGAUACCCAGGAGACUGCUCGAGCGCGACUGAGUUUGAGACAAUCACAGUGACACUCUCCUCUUCUCUGUCGUCAUCCAACACAACUACUACCACCACCAGCACCAGCACCAGCACCAUCAUAUCCUCGACGCUCUCAUCAGCGCCAUAUGGCAACGGUACCUCUACCAGUACCUCCUACGGAACAGGUACCGGCACAGGCACAGGCACAGGAGUCAGUACCGCAACAGGCACCAUCAGCUAUGCGUCAGGAACGAUUAUUCCCACUCCACUUGUCACGACGAUAUUCCGGUGGCACCGGAAAUUUUGA